AUGAAAAGUUUUUCUAGACCUUUUCAAAUUAAAAAGCAGUCAUCAUUAUUACUACAAUGUUUUGCUGAGGAAAUAAAAAUUAUCAAAUCAAAGCAUGUUGUUGUUGGCUUUAUAUUUAAAAGAGAAUAUAGUAAAGAGGGUACAAUGAACAUCAAUGAAAUUUACUCAAAGUAUUACAUUCCAAGACCUGGUGAAGUGCUUGAAUUUCUUCUUAAUCAUUAUCAAUUUCCAAAAAAAACUAGCAGGCCUACUUUGGUAAGGGUUAAAUGUCCAAUGUGCAUCCAAAGAAAAAACAAUUAUUACUCUUUACAAGUUGAUUUAAACAAUGGAUCAUAUCAAUGUGAAUCAUGCACAAAAAAAGGUACGUGGCAUGAAUACGUAAAGAGGAUAACAAAAUCUGAUUCAUAUCAGAUUUUACAGUCAACGAAAUUAGGUUUUAUCAAUGAGGAAACACAUUUUACUAGGCCAUAUGAGGAAAUAGCGAAUUAUACAAAUGAACUAUUUACAAAUUAUCCAUCAAUCAUUAAACACUAUUUAAACAAAUAUAAAAUAAAUGCAAAAACUUUAAAAGAUUAUAAAGUUGGCGUGGCAAAAUAUUCAAAUUUCAAAUCUGCCCUUUCAAAGACAUCUGGCAAUUUUUCAGACGAAUCCUUAUAUAGAGAUGCAGAUGAAUUAUGUAUGACGUUUCCAAGGACAGCACCAUGUUAUACUAAUGAUCUCAAUGAUAAUAUUGAGGGCUAUGCUUCAUCGAUAGUGAGAAUUAAAGUAUGUUCAAAUGAUGAAACAAACAAGUUUGUAACUUUUGAUCCACCAACAUCAAAAAAAGCUGGUAUGUUUGGGUAUCACUUAGUACCAUUAGAAAUAGAUAAAAUCAUCUUAACCGGUAAUGAAGUUGACGCAAUGGCAGCAUACCAAGAGACUGGCAUUCCAGCCACAUGUUUACCUAAUAACAGUUAUCAACUACCUAUACAAAUUUUCCCAUUAUUAGAAAGAUUUUCAACGAUAUAUAUUUGGUUGGAUGAUGAUGUUUUUGGACAGGAUGCUGCAGAAAAAUUUGUAGAGAAGCUAGGAAUUGAAAGAUGUUUAAUAGUCAAUUCAAGAUGUGGUGAAUCGAACGGACCUACAAAUGCAAGCGAAGCUUUAAUUAAGGGGAAAGAUCUAAAUGAAAUUCUUUUGACUGCAAAACCAUUAAGUCACAAGCAAAUUAUAAAGUUUGAAAACCUCAAAGACGCUGUAUAUCGAGAACUUGUUAAUCCCGAACAAGUUCGUGGUGUUUUAUCAAACGAUUUGCCUGCUUUGAAUCAAAUUCUUAAGGGACAUCGUCUGGGAGAAAUGACAAUUUUUACUGGCGGAACUGGCACAGGGAAAACAACAAUUUUAAGUCAACUUUCUUUGGAUUAUUGUAGGUCUGGAGUUAGUACUCUAUGGGGAAGCUUUGAAAUACCAAACAUAAGGUUGGCAAAAAAAAUGUUACAACAAUUUGCACAAAAAGAUUUAUCACUGCAUCCAGAAGAAUUCACAGAAUGGACAAACAAAUUUCAACAGCUCCCAAUGUAUUUUUUUAAAUUUUUUGGUACUACAGAAAUUAACACAGUUUUAGAUGCAAUGAAUCAUGCAAUCUUUGCAUAUGACGUCCAACAUAUAAUAAUAGAUAAUUUACAAUUUAUGACAUCUGAGAUGGGAAGAUAUAAUAAUAGAUGGGAAUUACAUGAUCGUACUAUAUCAGCGUUCCGUAAAUUUGCAACAGAUAGAAAUGUCCAUAUCACAUUAGUAGUGCAUCCUGUCAAAGACUAUGGAAAAUUAAUAGAUAUUCAUUCAAUAUUUGGGUCUGCAAAAAUCGCACAAGAAGCUGACAAUAUAAUUAUAUUACAAAAGGUUAGAGAUGACCAAGGUUUAGAAAUAAGAUCUUUGGACAUAAAGAAAAACAGAUUUGAUGGUACUGUGGCAUCCAUACCUAUUGAAUUCAUUCCCGAUUCUCUUAAAAUUUAUCAUUUAGAAGCUUAUAAGGAUUAUAUUGCAAUAGUUCAAGUAGUGUUGGCAUUUGGCCAAAUUGGCCAAGAUCAACAGCCAAAUUAUAUCCAACUUUUAUCUGAACAAGUAGAUAAAUGUGAUAAAUGGUGA